GUGUGUGAAAAACGACCGGCAGCAACUGUUUUUUGAUAUCUUUCGGACAGAUAAGUUUCAUUAUUCACAUAAUAUAACAGUCACUUUUGCCUAUCUAUUAUCUUAAUUCUUGCAUAAACUAGAAAACAAUCUGCUUUUCCAAUAAUUAUUAGAGAUUAAUUUAUUUCAGAUAACCUGGUUUUCAACACCAAAGUUAUCUUUCUCCUCCACACGAAAGCAGCAGUCAGUACAUUGACGACAGUCAACACAUUUCUACAAAAUUUGAAGACUGUGGAAGAGAAUGAGGAUGUGGAUCAGCUUCUGUGUACUGGUUGUCCUCGCCCUCCUGGAGCGGCAGUCCACUCAUGCCGGAUUCACCUGGCGCGAACCUCUCUGCAGGAGUAUCCCAUUGGUGGGGUUUGGGGAUACCCUGCAUUACUGGAACCGUUAUGGAAACAGCUGCUACGUCUAUAUUUAUCACACACUGGAGUAUCAAUACGCACAGAGAUACUGCAACAAGCUAAACGCAAGUAUUGUUGAAAUCAACGAUGAGAAAGAAAACGCCGAUGUCAGCCGAUAUGUUCAAAUAAUGUCAGAUGAACAUAACGAUACCUGGAUUGGAAUAAACAGACUCUCCAAACAUGUAUGGGUAUUUGGUACCGAUAGGACUCCUCUAACCUUUUAUAAGUGGGAUGAUUAUGAACCCAAUGUUUGUGGCAGCUGUGUAGUUUUUCGGAAAACUGAUAAAUGGUUUGUUCAGGUGUGUGAACAAUCGAAAACAUUCGUCUGUGAGCAACCAUAUGUGGAAUAGAGAGAAAAGGCAAAAGACCAGGAAACAGUGUAAAAAUUCCCAUUUAUCUCUAAGCUUUGGUGCAACUGUACCUCACUGUUCAAAUGCACGGGGAAAAAAUUUAACAAAUAUGAUUUCAACAAGUUGAUGUUAGCACUUUUCAAAUUAUUUUUGCUUGAAAAUAUUAACAGUUUUGGCCUCAGGUUUCAUUGCUAAAUAUUCCAUCAGGUGCUAUGUGAAAAAAAUAUUUAGAAAUAAGUAAUGUCAACUGAUGGGAUUUAUCAUGCAAUAGAGACAAAAAUCUAGUCCCCAGACAAUGUGGCUAGAACAUAAUUAUCUUAGACUUUGCACGCACACGCACACACACAAACACAAAUUCCUGUUUACCCAUGUUUUUAGUAAACAUUGUUUUGUGAAAUGUUGUUUAAUUGCUAAAACAAAGACUAAGCUUAAAUGUACACAUUAACUUACACAGAUGACAGAUACUAAAACAUAUGUAAACAAAUUUAAUAAAAUAAGUUUACACCUAUAUAUGCUCUGAAGAAGUGUCAAUGUAUGAAAAAAGUUCUAAUGCAAAACUUAAAUACUUCCAAGCUUAUUUUACUUGCUCCUCCAUGAUUAGUUAAAGAAGCUAUUUCAGGGAGGAUGUUGUAAUGAGUUGUGGGAUGUGUUGUAUGGUUUAUUGUACAAGUGGUGUCUUGUGUCUGACGUCAUGUGCGAGUCAUGAAGCAGAAAAUGACGUCACAUAUAAGAGAAAAGCAGUUGCUCUAAGAAUAGCCGAGUAAGCGGGGAACAGACAACAGUCUUCUCCGCCAUCUUUGUGUCUCAGUGACAUUUCUCUGAAUUUGUGCUUCUUCGACUCUAUUCACUUUCAAAUCUCUUCAUCCUCAUCUUCAUCUGAAUGGGGCUACUCGAGCGUUGUGUUGUGUGUAAUAGGUCGUGCUUGUGCGAGGUAAGUGUACAUUCAUCUUAUCACACACACAUACAUGUGACUACGCUAUGAACAAGUAACACCAAUUUCAGAGUUUAUCUAUUACAUCAAACAAAAGGUUACAAAAUUACAAGGGGGGAAAAGUGAGAAAGGUAAGAAAGAAGAAACAGGGUUAAAAAAAGUGAAAGGAAUGAGCUAGAAAAUACAAGAAAGAAUUUUGAACUAUUAAUAAAAAAACUAAAUGUGCUGUAGAAAUCGGUGUCCAAACAGCAUACCAAAUGGCCAAGACAAAAUAAACGGAAUACAAU